AUGCCACUUCCAGAGCCCACGGAAGAAGACUAUAGGCUCGCAUCUUCUGAUCUGAGCGAUUGUGAGGAGGUUUGGAUUCAAGAAAUGAGCCAUUAUUAUUUAGAGACCCAGAAGAGGCAACGUCAAGUGGAGUUGUGGUUUGAAGACAGUUGUGUGGCUCGCAACAAUGACAUAGCACGGACAAUGUCCAACAAAUAUUCUGCUCGCGUUGCACGGAUACCCGAUGCUGUGCCGCGACGGCUUUACAUGGUGCCGCAGCAGUACGGAGCAGAAAAUCCAUUGGUUCGAACGCCAUCGCCGGAUUUUCGUGACGAAAAUGGACUCGGGCUAGAGUUCGAUCACUCUGGUCCAGGGUUCUAUUCCGGACAAGUUAACUACAACGCAGAAAACGAAGACGCUGCCAGAGAGCUUGAGGAAUCCAUCCUCGGCCCUGGUCCUUCUACAAUCAAGCUCAGGCAUUACGACGGGAGGAAGCGUGACGCCGCGAUAGCUAUUUCGGAUGACAGUGGCGAUGAACGAAACGGGAUGACAUUUCCUCCAAAGAGACGAAGGUUAGACAUGGACGAUGACCUUAUGGACGACUUAGAACGUUCAAUUGCAGGCGAUGAUCCGCAAUCGAUAUCUACAGCUAUGGGUAGUAGAGUAUACCCAGGCAAAGGGAAAGGAAAAGGCAGAGCAACACCGGUCCCUUCAGGAGCUGGUAGUGAUGUUAGCCAGGCAAAAGCCAAGAGAAAACCUGCUAGAAGGAAAGGGGAUCCUUUAUCACUUCUUGGUCACGAACUUGGUCCGGACUCUGCUGCUGCCUCCGUGGCAGGAGAUAUAACUCCUGUACCAUCCGCCCCACCCUCACCAUCCAGUUCCGCAGCGUUAAUUUAUGAACUGGGUGAUGUACCACCUCCAAUGAAGCGAGCGAAGAAAGUGGACGAUCAGAUCAUGUACAAACGAAUAAUGGGUUUGGAGGAAGCCCAGAGGAAAGUCUGGCUGAACAUCGCUCGCAGGGACGUCGCGAAGGUGUAUAAACAUCAUCUCGCCGGGUACCUAACGCGUCAGACGCAGUUAAAACGAACUGCAACGCUUUGCUCUACUCAGGCGAAGCGAGUAUCCGCUCGAACAGUGAAAUCCGCUAAGGAAGCACAGACCAGGGCGAAACGUCUCAUGCGUGAAAUGAUGGUCUUCUGGAAGAAGAACGAAAAGGAGGAACGUGACCUGAGGAAGCGGGCGGAAAAGGAAGCGGAUAAUAGGGCGAAGGAGGAAGAGGAGAGGCGUGAGGCAACUCGUCAAGCUAGGAAACUGGAGUUCUUGAUCAGCCAGACUGAACUCUACUCUCACUUCGUUGGAAGCAAGCUGAAAACUUCUGAGAUCGAGGGUGAGGGCGAGGGCGAGAGUGAAGAAGGUACGGAGGUACCACAAGGUGCAGAAGGGCCUGAUAUCGACCCGACAUCGCUGGAUAUUAACUUCGACGACGAGGACGAAACCAACCUUCUUGCGCAUGCACGAAAGAACGCCAAAGAAGCAAUUGCUCUUGCAAAAGCCCGUGCUGUUCAGUUUGAUACAGAUGCCGCGCUCGAGCGAAAGACAAAUGAGGCGCUUGCUCUUGCUAAGGCGCAAGCACACUUACGAGACGAUGAGGAAGAAGAAGAGGGUGCGAACAAAGCACCCGGAGCCACUGUCGAUUUUGAUUCGGAUGAGCUUAACUUCCAAAAUCCGACCUCUUUGUCUGGUCCAUUGACUAUCCAGCAACCGAAGAUGCUACAGACAGCUCUCAAAGAGUACCAACUCAAGGGCCUGAAUUGGCUUGGUACACUCUACGAACAGGGUAUCAAUGGUAUAUUGGCCGAUGAAAUGGGACUGGGAAAGACCGUUCAAUCAAUCGCUCUCCUAGCUUAUUUGUCCGAGGUCCAUGAUAUUUGGGGACCAUUCCUUGUCGUUGCGCCGUCUUCUACUCUGCAUAACUGGCAACAAGAAUUGGCAAGGUUCGUACCGUCGAUUACGUGCCUCCCAUAUUGGGGCACCGUGAAGCAACGGUCACUCUUCCGAAAGUUUUGGAGCAAGAAGAAUAUCAGCUACAACAAGGAUGCACCGUUCCAUGUUCUGGUGACAAGUUAUAAUCUGAUCAUUCAAGAUGCCCAGUACUUUCAGCGCAUCAAAUGGCAAUACAUGAUCUUAGAUGAGGCGCAGAACAUCAAGAACUCGUCAAGUGCACGUUGGAAAACUCUUCUUGGUCUUCAGUGCAGAAAUCGCCUGCUCCUAACGGGUACGCCUAUCCAGAAUAACAUGCAAGAGCUCUGGGCUCUACUGCACUUCAUCAUGCCAAGUUUGUUCGACUCCCACGACGAGUUCAAUGAGUGGUUCUCGAAAGACAUCGAGAACGCAGCCGCCGAAGGGAAGGGAGGAAGCAGAAUGAAUGAACGUCAACUUCGCCGGUUGCAUAUGAUUUUGAAGCCGUUCAUGUUGCGUCGUGUUAAGCGCCAUGUUCAAAACGAACUCGGAGAGAAGAUUGAACUCGAUAUCUAUGUCAAUCUCAGCCCACGGCAGAGGGCCUUGUACAAAGCUCUUAGGGCAAACAUCUCCGUUGCGGAACUCAUCGAGAAGGCAUCGCACAUUGGUGAUGCAGACGCAGCGCGCACUCUUAUGAACCUUGUGAUGCAAUUCCGCAAAGUUUGUAACCAUCCCGAGCUCUUCGAACGCGCUGAUGUUGUUGCACCAUUUUCUUUCUCGGAGUAUGGUAGACCUGCAUCGAUAGCACGCGAGGGCAACUUUGUUACGUGCCACUACUCGACGCGUAGUCCCAUUGAUUACUCGAUUCCACAGCUUUUCUACCUUGAUGGUGGCUUGCUGUCAGUACCACGCGAGGAUGCACCUGCUAGGCCGGAACGUGGGGUGUUGAGAAACCUACUGAGCAUAUGGGCGACUGAUUGGGUACAACGAUCUAUUGAAGAAAAUGUCUGUUCACCCUUCAAUUUCGUCCCUAUUCUUGGUAUGACUCCAGGCGAGGCUCACUCCUUGCACUUCUCACCGGAAUUGCGACGGCUUACCGUCGCAGCCGAUGUCGAGAAUAAGUGCAUUGAAGAGGAUUUGUAUCGGGAUCCUCAUUUCGAUGCUUGUGAUGCUUCGCGUGAUCGAUAUCGAAUCCCAGCGCGUUAUUCCAUGCGACACCUUGAUGUUGCAGAUGGACUUCCUCCUCUGCACGAAGUCACCCGAGACAGCUGGUCUAUAUCCUGUCUGUCACGACCAUCCCUUCGAUGGUUCGUCCCACCGGUUAUUGCGCCACACAUAUCUAUGUACUCCUCGGAUCGCAACUUCAUUGAACGACAGAGCCAGCUUCUUGAUGCACCCGAGGAGUCCUUAAUUCUCUUCGGAUUACCACCAGAAAUCCGAGAAAUCAAGCCAGCUUGUGACGCAUUCGAGCAGAAGCUCCCUGGUGUUCCGCUUAAUGGCGUCUUGGGCAACUCCCCAUCGGAUCAACUGCCCUUGUCCUAUAUGCAGGUUCCAGAAGCGAAACGUCUAAUUAUAGAUUCUGCCAAGCUGGCGCGGUUGGACGAAUUGCUUCAUGAGCUUAAGGCUGGAGACCAUCGUGUCUUAAUUUAUUUCCAGAUGACGAGGAUGAUGGACCUUAUGGAGGAAUACCUUAUUUAUCGGCAAUACAAGUAUCUGCGUCUGGAUGGUGGUUCGAAGAUGGAGGACCGUCGUGACCUAGUUAUGGAUUGGCAAACGAAACCUGAGUACUUCGUUUUCAUACUAAGUACAAGAGCUGGUGGUCUCGGUAUUAACCUUACAGCUGCCGACACUGUCAUAUUUUAUGAUCAUGAUUGGAAUCCUUCGAACGACGCCCAAGCUAUGGAUCGAGCUCACCGUCUCGGACAGACAAGACAAGUCACCGUUUACAGACUUAUCACGAAGGGCACAAUUGAUGAGCGGAUAGUGCAGCUUGCUCGUGUUAAGAAAGAUGUCCAAGAUAUCGUUGUUGGGAACAAGCAAUUCACCGACGUCACGAAGCCGAAGGAGAUUGUUUCACUACUCCUCAACGACGACGAGCUGGCUAACUUGGAUAAGGCUGACGCGGAUGGUUCAGUACGGAAAGCCGACAGUCGGGCUGGCGACGCGGCUUCUCAAGCUGCUCGUGCACUCAUGGUGGAUGAAGAGGAUGACUUCUUUAGUAACAGUGGUCCUAAUAAUAAUGAGAUGGGGAUCACGGAGUAUGGUGACGAGGAGAAUGGGACACCAGGCCCAACAAGUACACGUGGGAAGAAGCGAAAAGGACCAGGCACUGGCACGCGUGGGCGUAAUAAGCCUGGUCCAAAGAGGGGAUACAAGAGGAAACCAGCUGGAGAGUCGAUACAAGACGACUUCUAG